AUUUGGUUAGUUUCUCUCUCUCCUACACUUAUCUCUCUUGUAUCAUUCAUUUCUCUCUCUCUCUCUCUCUCGGCGCGAUGCAGAGGCUUUCGAUAGACUCAUCAGCUUCGAAGCUUCAUAGCUACGGAGGACGGAAGGACGACACCUAUGAUCACGAUGACUUAAAGCACAAGGAGUCACUCUCCUCUCCACCUCUUUCUUCCUCAUCGUCCGCUGCAGAUUACGACGAUGACGAGCUCAAGGACUUUAAGCCGCGACGGUUAUCGCUGCAAUCGUCGACGCAUCAGAACGGAGAGAAGCUUGUUCACUUCAUCCCCGUCCUCACUCUUAUCUGUUUCAUCAUCCUCUACCUCUCUUCUCACGCUCCGUCGCAGUCAGAUUUAGCUCAGUUUAACGGAUUCAUGCGUCGUUCAAAGCAUCUAGAAUCCGACGAAGAUGGCGAAAUCUCGAGGUUGAUGAUCAAUGCCGACGCUCUGGCUAUCCGUAGUAGCAUAAGGAACUUAAAAGAGACGUCGGAAUCGCUUCCCCGUCGCCGAACUUCUCACCGGAAAAUAGCCGACUUCUAGAUUUUGUUUGCUUCAUCGUCUUCCUGUAGAAUAAUUAUCUUCGUCACUUGCAUGUUGAUUCGUUCGUUCAAACUCAAAAAUCGCGAAUCGUGUUUCUGUUAUAUAAUUCGAAAUUGGCGUCGCCGGUUAACAAUAAAACCGGCCGGCGAUGGAAUAACCGUCA